UGUGUGUGUCCAUGUCAGUCCGGCAUUUCCGUCGAACUCAGUAUAUAAUAAAAUAUAUAGAUAUAGAUAUAGAUUCAUUGUUAUGAGUUGAAAUGAAUAAUAUACGUGAAGAUCACUCACUAUUUGAUAUGAUAUGAAUUGAAUGGUACUAUACUAUCACCAUUCACCACUCUGAUCAGAUCAUCUUCUCUUAUACUUAGUUUGGUCCGCCUAUUCAACCAAUAUUCCCUCAAAUUGAUCGAUCUCUUCUUGUUUUCUUCAACUUUUCUUUAUAUACAUUCCAUUCCAUCCAUCUCUUCUACUUCUAUUAUAUAUGGCUUCUCAAUUCCAUCCUCUCUUUAAGACUAAUACUAAAACAUGGAAUCAAUCUAUUCUGCUAUCUUUUCAAAUUAUUGGAGUAGUUUAUGGUCAACUCAGCACUGCUCCCUUAUAUGUAUUUGGGACAAUGCGAGUCGAAGAUCUUGAAUCCGAGGAGGUUGUUUAUGAACUUUUCUCCUUCAUUUUUUGGACUCUCACAAUUAUUUCUUUGAUCAAGUAUGCGCUCAUAGUCCUCAAAGUUGAUGAUAAAGGAGAGGGUGGUACUUUUGCUUUAUACUCACUGUUAUGUAGAAAUGCAAAGGUUGGGCUACUCCCAUGUGACAGAACAGCCAAUGAGGUCACGCUUCAUGAUCAGGACACAAGUACUCCUAAUAAUAAGAACAAUUCUUCUGAUUCCAGAACACGAAAGGCCAUUGAGAAACACAAGAGUUGUCACUAUUUGAUAUUGUUCUUGGCCCUUUUUGGUUCCUGUAUGACAAUUGGGGUAGCUGUCCUCACUCCAGCACUCUCGGUGUUAUCAGCUUCCUAUGGUGUUCAGAGAUCCUUGUCAGACAUGGCACACCUAUUUAACUCAUCACAACAUACUCAGGAUUUGGUGUCAAAUGCUCUAUAUAAAUAUGUACCUGUUCCCGCUGCGUGUGUUAUAUUGGUUGCCUUGUUCGUGGUGCAGUCUUGCGGUACACAAAAAAUUGGGUUCAUGUUUGCUCCAAUUAUUUCUGUUUGGCUUUUGUUUGUUGGUGUGGUGGGAGCAUAUAAUAUUUUCUAUUGGGAUGUCAAAAUUAUCUAUAAAAUAUCCCCAGUAUACAUGUUCAAAUUCGUCAUGAAUGUCAAUGUUAGCAGAUGGAGGUUAUUAGGAAGCACCAUUUUAUGCGCAGCAGGAUCUGAGGCAAUGUUUGCAGACCUUGGCCAUUUCUCCAAGAAAUCAAUCAAGAUUACGUUUAUUUGCUUGAUCUACCCGAUUCUUGUUAUAUGCUAUGCGGGUCAGGCUGCAUAUAUUUCAAAAAAUUUGCAGGAAAGAGAUUUUAAUCAUCUCAGUCAAUCUAUGCCAAGCCACAUCAAACAUGUUUUCAUCGUAUUAUCCCUACUUUCCUCGGCUGUUGGAAGCCAAGCCACCAUAACAGCUAGCUUCUCCAUCAUUAACCAGUGUCUGGCACUAAAUUGUUUUCCUAGAGUGAAAGUCAUUCACACAUCAAAAACGAUAUAUGGCCAAAUUUACAUCCCUGAUGUCAACUGGUUAUUGAUGAUUUUCAGUCUCACUGUCACCGUUGGUUUCAGAGACUUGGUGAAGAUUGGCAAUGCAACAGGUUUGGCUAUCAUAUGUGGAAUGCUUGUGACAACAAAUCUGAUGUCAUUAAUCAUUGCUUUGUAUUGGGAGAAGAAAUUGACGGUGUCUGUAUUGUUUCUAGUAUGUUUUGGGUUUGUCGAGGCUGCAUAUGUUUCAGCAUGUAUGCUGCAGUUUCACAAGGGAGCUUGGUAUCUAGUUAUCCUUUUGGUUGUGUCCAUGACAGUGAUGCUUUCAUGGCAUUAUGGAACAGUGAAGAAGUAUGAAUUUGAUUUGCAAAACAAGGUGUCAACAGAAUGGUUAAUAGAUGUUAGUCCAGGGCUUGGGAUUUCAAGGGUAGCUGGAAUUGGGUUCAUUUACACGGACCUAGUAGCAGGAAUCCCAGCUUUCUUUUCACAUUUCAUUACUAAUCUUCCUGCAUUUCAUCAAGUUUUGAUCUUGGUGUCCUUCAAGUCUAUGCCGGUGCCUCAUGUUCUCGAAAGGGAAAGGUAUCUGAUUGGAAGGAUUGGGCCAAAAGAUGAUAAAAUAUAUCGUUGCAUUGUAAGAUACGGAUAUUGUGAUAAUAUUAGGGAGACGAGUGAUUUUGAGGAGGAGAUAAUUAGUUCUAUAGGGGAAUUCAUUUCAAUUGAACAGAUGAGUGACAUUGAAUCAAUGGUUUCGGCGGAGGAAAGAAUGAUAGUAGUAGGACAGUCAUCAUCGUUGGAUGGAAAUGCUUUAGUCCCAAUGGUGAAUGAGUCAAGCAAGCAAGUGGGAAUUAAUGAAUCUCAGAUAAGUCCAGUAUUAGAAAACGAAAGCGACAUGCCGAGUAGUAGUAGUAGUAGUCGUCGCAAAAAGAAAAAAGUUAGGUUCAUGUUGCCUGAAGAUAAAAGUAGUAGUCCUAAAAUGCAAGCAUCUGUGAGGAAGGAGCUGUUGGAACUAAUUGAAGCAAGGGAGAGUGGUAGUGCCUAUUUCUUGGGACAGUCACAUUUAGUGGUGCGUGAUGGCUCAAACUUUGUAAAGAGAUUCUUAAUAAUGGUGUUUCGUUUCUUUGAGAAAAAUGGUCGGGAACCUCCCGUUGCUCUAAGAAUCCCUCACGCUGCUCUUGUAGAAGUUGGUAUGAUAUGUACUAUUUAAAUGUUCAAUUUGAUACAUACAUACAUACAUACAACCAAACAAAUUUAACAACUUGUUGUUUAUGAAUCAAAGUGUUUCUUUUAUAAUGGAACUUUACAAGUGAUCCAUUCUUAGAUA